GCGGCAAUAGAAAUACAUAUUUGAUGAAAAUUCCAAAUCUCUACUUAUUACCGUUCACGAAGUACAGCCAGCUGACAGACAAACAAACGGAUGCACGGACUGCAAAGACUUAUAAUAGGGUACCGUUGUUGGCACACUUUGGGUACGGAACCCUAGAGUUAUGUUUAUUAUCAUUAUUGUGUAAUUUCGGCUUAAUCACGGCGAUACGCUACUACUGAUUACUGACUCGAUAUUAUAGUUGAGUCGCAUGCCCUUGAUACCGUAACGUACCUAAUUUAUUAUAAAGAGUGUGCUCCGGUGUGCAGUUGUGUGAAUCAAUUUGUGAUUGAAAUAACCUGCAAUCUAUUUUUCCUUAUAUUUUUUAUUUCUUAGGAUGUCUGGUAUACGAUGCUAAUUAGCUAUAUAAAUACCAGUACCAUAUACAUGUUCUUUUACUGUUAAUUUAUGUCUUGUGCGGGUACAAAUAAGGUGCAUAAUAAUAUAAUCGGUCUCUAUUGUUUUGUCCUUCCUAACGUUCAUUGUAAUUUAUCAACAAACAUUUGAUUUUAUCAAUUUACAAGUAUUACAUGGAUCUGUUUGAUGUACUCCUCCAAGCCGGCGUGUUUACAGCCGCUGUACUGUUUUACGUCUUGUUUAUAAGAAAGCCGACGAAAAGGAAAGGACAUUAUCGAGAACCGGGGUGGAAUCAUCCACUUAAGUUGUUCUUGGCCCGGUUUGCUGUGAAACGCUGGAAGUCGAAAUUACCUUUACGCCAAAUAAGCGAAGCCCCCUAUAGAGACCAGAAGCUGGGUUGGGAUGAUAUCACACUACGAGCCUCAGCUUCGGAUGGAUCUUCGCUCUUGUUGAGGAUACGCAAGUUGUGCGGUCAGAAGGACAUCGCCGAAGUUGUUGUGCACCUCCGAUUGCAAGAUGGCACCAAAUAUAAAUUGCCGCAGCAUCCAGAAACAGCCAUCACUGAGUGGGUCCAUACGCAAGAUGGAUGGAGCGCUGGUGGAUUAAAGAUACAGAUAUUGGAAUCGCAAACAAACUUAAGGGUUAUUUACAACGGUCUUCUAACGCGAGUGGGCGAUAACGUUACGCAACACGUUAAGUUUAAUCUAAUAUGGGCUUCAGCAACGAGCGUCGUGCGACACCCAGAGGACUGGAGUACUCAGCUCGCGGCAGAAACUAUGGCUCUGGAGCCUUGGCAAGAUGGCGGUUGGCCCCAAUUGCUAAACGAAUGCGACGAAGGUGCUGGUAGCUGGAUGCAAUGGGGAGCAAUUCAAGGGCGUUUCCAAUCGUUUGACGCAGACGGUGCUGUACACAAAAGCGAGUACCUUCGCUUGCGGGGAGCCAAGGAACGGAGCUGGUCUCUCGGCAGCAAGGCCCUGAGGCGAUCCGUCACACUUACAGCGGUAGCGAGCGAUGGUACCGCGGUGCAAAUCCGUGGCUUGUCGUACUAUAACAACUUCACUCAAUGCAUUUCAGGAAACGUGAGGUUUCCCAAUUUUAUGGUGAAAAGCAUAACCUCAACUGAUUUGGUCUUGUCUGAUUUUUGCGAGGGUGGCACUGAAAUACCAAAUACUUACACCAUAAACGUAAGCACAUCAAAUAGUCGUACUUUAAAAGUGAUACUUCGGAUCAACAAGGAAGGCGGGCAUACGUUCAGUGGCGUUCCACAGAAAGAAGAACUACUUUAUCGGAAUGUUGCUGUCGAAAUCAACGGAGAACAUGGAACAGGGAUCCUUGAGUUGGGAUAUGAUAGGUUAGAAACCAAAUCUGCAACACCAACUAAUAUCACUCCACUGCCUGCAUUGAAAUGGCUAGACGAGAAAGAAGCAGGGGAGGUAGGCUAUUGCCUGCCAUUUGACGCUAUUGCCGCUACUUGUACCGACUACGUGGGGGGUAAAGGAGCUUCGCUUGCUCUUCUGGCUUCAGUGCAAGAAAAAGAGGGUUAUUGCGUUCCACCCGGUUUUUGCGUGACUAGCAAAGCUUUAAACCAACAACUGGAGAACAAUCCUAAACUGGUAUACGCUAUUUCCGAAAUGGAGAAAGCCAAUGAGAAUUAUAAAGAGAGUACAUUUAAAGUAAAAUGUGACAAAGCAGUUAACUUAUUUGUAACAACCGAAAUUACUGAAGACGUUAAAAAUAAAAUAUUAGAACACUUGAAUGAGCUACGGAAGAAAGCGACAGAUAACAAAUAUGGCUCUCAAUUGCGAUUUGCAGUAAGAUCAUCAGCGGUUGGCGAAGACAGCGAGGCACUGUCGGCGGCCGGGCAAAACGAUACAAUAUUGGGGUGUGCGAGUGACGAUGACGUCAUACGCGCCGUGCAGAAGUGUUGGGCGUCCAUGUUUGCCUUUACGAGCGCUUAUUACCGCAGGCAGAAUGGUCAGCCGUGUAUGUGUGGUGGUGGAGUGGUGGUGCAGGCGCUGGUCACACCGCGGGUGGCUGGAGUCAUGUUCACCCGACACCCGCUGCAUGGCGACCCAACGAGGAUCCUCAUCACAGCCAACUAUGGCUUGGGAGAGAGUGUGGUAUCUGGAUCGGUGGAGCCGGACACAAUUAUUGUAAAGCGUGGAUCAGACGACACACUAUCGAUUGCCAAGGUCGAGCUAGGUUCCAAAACACAUCGAGUGACCACGAGCAGCGAUGGUGUUAGUUCGGAAAGCGUACCCGAAUCUGAUCGAACCAAAGCAUGUUUAUCGGAAUCAGAGAUUUUGAAACUUGCUCAAAUUGCUGUAUCACAAGAGAAACUUUGGGGUGCAGGAAGAGAUAUUGAGUGGGCUAUAAAAGACAGCGAGAUAUUCCUUCUUCAAGCGCGACCAAUCACGUCCCUAGAACGAUGGAUGGAAGAGGAGUUGCUGCAUGAAUUAGACUCCCCAAUCAUGUCGGACGACGAACUCGUCACCUUCGCUAACACAGGGGAGGUCUUCCCUAAGCCCGUCACUCCGCUGACUCACGAUAUGGUGUAUCGCCCUCUGGAAAAAGGUAUCGCGACAUUGAUGGUAGUGACUGCUGACGGUUAUGACAAGAAAAUUAUGAUCACCCACAAUAGAUGCGCUCUUGCUCUAUACAACACGUUGUACCUACGGUUCCCUGAGAAGAUCGACAUGAACAUCCGCAUGUUGGAGAUGUCCAUCCACGGGCACAAGGUAGCCGACGACGACAUCCUCCGAACAGCAUUACACAGGAGACAACCGCAGUUUACCGACAAGUUGUUUGCUAUUUUAGAUAUGGUAAAGAGCAUGAUCAUUACAAAAUGGAUAAUGAACGAUACAAUCGAGCGUGUAAAUAAGAUGGACCUGAAUGUUGACUCAGAAACCCCACUGGAACUGUUUAGUAAUAUAGUUACAGCGGAGAAAGAUAUGAUGCGGUUUACCAGAAACCAUGGCAUUACCACCUCCGCGAGCACUUUUACGCAGUUCAUAGCUAUGAACGUGCUGUUGGAAAAUAGAUCAGAUUUCUCACCUGAGCUCUGUUACGAGAUCGGCAAGUUGCUCAGCUCGGGAGACGUACUGUCCGCGGAGGUGCCGCACGCGUUGGCCAAACUUGCGAGCAAGUUGGAAGAUUCUGGCAAACUGGAGGAGUUCCGUAGUCAAGAUCCAAACACAGCCAUGGACUGGCUUACAAACAAUUUGCCAAAUGUCUACAACGAUGUUUGUGCGUUCUUGGAGCAGCACGGGCAUAGAGCUAUUAUGGAAUUUGAUCUCGCAACAAAGCCGUGGGUGUUGGUGCCGGAAGAGUUGAUGAAAAUGCUGAUGCACAUUAAACCAUCAAAAGAAGAGCACCAAGCCAAAACUAGCGAUGAAAUCAUUGCUUCUCUAAAAACCCCUCAAAAAUCAAGCACAAGGAAAGUCCUCCGAUGGAUUCUCCCGCUGUGCCAUCGUGCCGUGCGUCACCGUGAGGCCACUAAAGCGCACUUGAUCCUCGCGGUGCACAAGCUGCGCCUCGCAGCGCUGAGCCUCGGCCGACUGCUCACACGGAGCUGGCACUUGCCUCAUCCAGACCUGGUGUUCUUCUUCAGAGCUAACGAACUAAGAGAUUACAUUACUACGAGGGAUCCAGCUUUGUUGAAAAAAGCUAUCCAACGUCAACAGUAUUAUCCGGGAUGGUGUAAGCAGAAAUUCGCAGAAGUUAUCAAGGGCUGGCCACAACCUCUUGCGGUAGAGAAACCCAGAGUUACUGCUGGAGGAGUGAGGUUACAAGCGACAUCAGUGUGUGGUGGAGAAGUCAUCGCACGAGCUUGCGUUGUUAAAGAUCUUUCCGAGAUAAGCCUCUUACAACAGGGAGAUGUGCUCAUAACGAAUUCGACGGACAUUGGUUGGUCGCCCUACUUUCCGCUGUUAUCAGGCAUCGUAACGGAACUAGGAGGUCUGAUCUCACAUGGAGCAGUGAUAGCCCGCGAGUACGGGCUGCCAUGCGUCGUGGGCGCCACGCACGCCACCACCGCGUUCGCGACGGGGGACACGGUGCGACUCUCCGGCAGGGAGGGCGUUGUCGAGACUGUGCAAGUUACAUCCCAACACCAAACUGAUACCUAAGCAGACACGAUGCUUUUAGCAUCAGCGAUUGACGAUUUAGUUGCUUUUCCGUAGCUCGAUGUCCAGAUUGAGGGCAACAUAGCAUCGUAACAUUCUAUAACGCACGGUUUGUAUGGGAAUCGCCUGAGGUGCGAUGUCGUUUUGUGAUCCCAAGUAUUGUAGACGGAUCCAUACAAUUGCUUUACCAUUUUUGGCAACAACUUCACUAAGGCUUGGAAAAGUAUAUGUAGGUCUUGUAAGCGAAAAUAGACCUUGUAGUGUUAUGUCUGAUGUUCGAAAGAUAUUCAGUCUAAAGUUUAUCUGAGAAAGCAAUUUUAUGAUCCAUAAGUUGGGUACAUUGUUAAGAGUUGUUUUUUAAGUAAGCAGCAACGCACACCUGCAGAAGUGGAAUGGCUCUUUAUUUACUUUCGUAACGUAAAUAAGGUCAACUUGAGUUUCUAUCAAAAAGAUUCUGCGCUCCAUUCUUCGACUCCAUUUUGCAUGUGUGCGUUGUUCCUUAUUUUCUUACGAAAGAAGGCACAAAAGUAUUUAUAAAUUAAUUUAUUAAAUAAGUACAUAUUU